UAUAUAUAGAUAUAUGUAUUUAUUUCUUUCUGUAUUUAUAGACCGGGAAAUAGAGAAGCAGAGAGAUAUAUAGACAGAGUGAGAAUUGAAAAUGGAUUGUCUGUCAUCGGGUUCACAGGAGCUCCAUGUUCUCGCCGUUGAUGACAGCCACGUCGACCGGAAGGUGAUCGAGAAGUUGCUGAAGAUCUCUUGUUGUAGAGUUACGGCUGUAGAGAGUGGGCGGAGAGCUUUGCAAUAUCUCGGUUUGGAUGGAGAGAAGAGCUCCGUUGGAUUCGAUGAUUUGAAGGUGAAUUUAAUAAUGACGGAUUAUUCGAUGCCUGGGAUGACAGGAUAUGAGCUGCUCAAGAAGAUCAAGGAGUCAUCUACUUUGAGAGAAAUACCGGUGGUGAUCAUGUCAUCUGAGAAUAUAUUAACCCGUAUAGAUAGAUGUUUGGAAGAAGGGGCAGAGGACUUUCUCUUGAAGCCAGUAAAACUCUCAGACGUGAAACGCCUGAAAGAUUCUGUAUUAAGAGAGCAAGUAGAGGAAAAUGUCAAGAGAAAAAGUCGCAAGAGAAAACUACAAGAUGCUUACAUGCCAUCAUCAUCGCCAUCGCUGCCAACAACGUUAGCUUUUGAUCAAUCAUCAAGUCCAUCCCCACCAUCAAUACAACCUCCUACAAAGCGGCCUAGACUCCAGCGCAAUGUUGAUUGAUCUACUCUCAUUUAUAGUAGAUUUGAAUAUUCUUACCAUUCCUUGCUCAUAUAUCCAUAGUGUUCCUUGUUUGGAUGAUGGGGUGUGACACAUUUUUGUUUUCUUUUGCAUUUAACACACUCGUAGUUCUAUAUGUAACUCAAAGAUCAGAUGUCAUUGCGAGUGAUAUUCCUAGCUUGAUGAAAAAGUUGGGAGAUGAUUUUCAUUUUUUGUUCCCUGGUUUUAUAUGUAGGACUACGGAGAUAAGAUUUUAUGAUAAUACAAGGGAAGUAACAAAUA